UUUCCAGACAUGCAAAAUUACUCCGUGCAGCCAUAGAUGUGUGUCUCAGCUGCAUUGCUUCUGCCUUUCCUCUUCCAGAUGCUGACAGGCUCUGAACCAGUGGACAGAGAGAAACAGCUCCUCUCAUAUCUGCAUGGAAAUUGGACAGGGGAUAAAUAGCAGAAGGAAAGAAAGAGCGAAGUUGGUUAUUUUUCUGGCACAUGGAUGUAGUUACGCGGAGCACAUUCCAGAGGCGUUACUUUGAAUUCUGAGCAGGUCUGCUUGCCAUUCCUGAGUGGAAAGAGGGGGGAAAGGGAAGAAAAGUCUCUCGCAAAGAGACGGAAUGUCUGCACUUUCCAUCCUGUUUCUAGCAUCCUGUUCCACUUGGAUGUCACAAGCUCAGACAGAAUUUAAGAGGGUGGCUGAAGCAAACGUUACUCUGCCCUGUCACCACCGACUGCACCUUCUGGAUCCCCAAAGCCUGGAUGUAGAAUGGCUACUACAGUACUCCGAAGCCAGCCCACAACCGGUGAUCACUUACACAGGAGGCAACACCUACAAUGAUUUGAAUACAGAACAAAAGGGUCGUGUUUCAUUUGCCAGUGAUGUCCUGACUGGAGAUGCCUCAUUGAAGAUUUCUCUCCUGCAACUAAGUGAUGCUGGGCUUUACACAUGUAAAGUUAAAAAUGCUGGACAAUAUGAGUGGACCCGUAUCACCCUGAAGGUCCUGGAGAAACCUUCUAAACCCAAAUGCUGGAAAGAAGGAGAGAUGUCUGAAGGAAGAGAAAUCAAUUUACAAUGCUAUUCUGCCUCUGGCACAGCUCCCAUCAUGUACAAAUGGCAGCGUAUAGAUGAGGAAGGAAAAGCUGGGUCCCUGCCACCCAUGGCACAUAUCAACUUUUCCAAUCCUGCACAAGUUCUGAUGAAGAAUCUCACACGGAUGGCUACAGGGUUAUACCAGUGUACAGUCUCCAAUGAAGCAGGACAUGACAGUUGCAUAGUAGAAAUGACUGUGCAGUAUGCACAAAAUCUUGGCAUAGUUGCUGGAGUUGCCUGUGGAGUGAUGGGAGGGCUCUCCCUAGUUUUUCUGACUGUGUGGCUGGCUAUCAGAAGGAAAGAGAAAAAGAAAUACGAAGAAGAGGAGUCACCCAAUGAAAUCCGAGAAGACGCAGAGGCACCAAAAGCCCGACUAGUCAAGCCUGGCUCUUCCUCCUCUGGCUCCAGAAGUUCACACUCUGGUUCAUCCUCCACUAGAUCUACAGCAAACAGUGCCUCUCGGAGCCAACAGACAUUGUCAACAGAAGCUACUCCUCACAUCACUCCAACACAACACAGUCAGGUGGUGAUGGAUGGCAGAAAUGGCAGAGAAACUGAGCCACAGAAAAUUAACCAUACCAAUUUGGUGAAAACAGAAGCCACACCAACCAUGGUGCCUGCUCAGAGUCGGGCUUUCCAGACAGUUUGACUGCUUCUCAACUGUUUAGGCUCCAGCUAUGUCCAGAACUCACACACACCACCAGCCAUGUAUUAUUAGAUUAGAUUGCUCAUCUUCCGUUCCAAGGCAACUUCCCCCCUGCACUCACUCACUGUACAACAAAAACCCUCACUCAAUAUUUCUGCAUAUUUCUGUUCUGAGGUACUGCUAUAGAAUUGAAAAGGGAAUUUUUAAUUUUUGCUUUUUUGUUCUUAAGGGAAGAAAAAGGAAUGCUGGUUGUUUUUAAAAAGUUGCAGAUGUAACAUGCUGGGGUCUGUAACCAACUUUUAAUUUUUUUUUUAAAGGGACACAAGAAGCAUUAUAUUCCAAUAGAAUUUCAAAGGAUAAAAUUAUAUUGUACAUUUCUUUGUAAAAUAUAUACAUGAACUAUUAUUUCUCCACUGUGGUACCAGCUUCUCUGAGGAAGUUAUUCUGAUUAACUUCAAAAGAAAUUAAUAGCUGCUUUGCAUGUAGCCUUCUGCUGAAUUACACAUAGUAGGAAGCUACACCAGCAAAACAGAAGGUAGUAACUUGAAAAAACACUGAAAAGCAGCACUGAACUCUGAAUUGCUCUGUUCAUUGGAGUGACUUUCUUUGAACAUGGAAAUGUAUUAAUUGAAGAAGGGACAUAUGCCUAAAAGAGUAUACACAUUAGUCCAUUGUGACGAAGUCCAAAUUCUGUUCUUAUUUCACACCUGCACAAAUAGAAGCAAUUCCACUGAUGUCAAGGGAGUUCCAUCCUAAUGGAUAACUAGAAUAUGAUAUCAAAACCAAAAUCCCAAAUUCCCUUUGCAAAAUUUUUUUAAAGGUAUUUCAAAGAGUUAAAAGAAGUCAAAGCCACUGAUUGACUACAAGUCUCUGGAGGAAGAUACAGAAUGUACUUACUUCCUUUAUUUAUGCUGAAAAUUGUGACAUCCAUUCACAAAAUCCAAGUUGUUUCCACCAAUUUCUUAACUAGAAAACUCUUUAAAUUGUGUUAGUCUAUGUUUAUUAAUCCAAAUACAGAAAUAUGUUAAGGUGAAUUUCACACAUAUUAAAAAGGGAUAAAAUGACCUUUAUUUUAAAAGGUGGAGAUUAUUUAAAGACACCAAGUUUGUUUCACCUUCAACGGGAACGUAAAUGCAAUGACUUUUGAAGUCAACAUGGUACUAAAAGCUAUUUUAGAGGGAAAACUACAUUCAUUUUAUGAGAAACCAAACUUUGUAAAAUACUAUAUUUAAAAUAUUUACUGUUAUCCUGUAUACCAAUUACUAUUUAGCGUGGUUGCAUAAAACUUUAGUUUUAUUUUUUCAA